AUGGGACGCGGUACAUCCUUCGAAAUAAAAUCAAUAAAAAAUAAUGACUGUUCUGUUGGUAUACUCAAGUGGUAUGAUAACAAACCAGUCAAUAUUGCUUCUAAUUUCAUAUCAUCAGGAAAUUCAGUAAAAAUAAAACGAUGGGACAAAAAAAAUAAGCAGUACGCUGAAAUUGAGAGACCAGAAAUAAUUUCGCUUUACAAUAAAUCAAUGGGAGGUGUGGAUAAGAUUGACCAGUUAAUUAUUACAUACAGAACAUUUAUCAAAUCAAAAAAGUGGACAUUAAGAUUAAUAACUAAUGCUUUUGAUAUGGUAGUAGCAAAUUGCUGGCUACAAUAUUUAGAAGACGCUAAUCUGUUAAAAGUUCAAAAAAAUAAAACUUUGGAAUUAUUACAUUUUCGUUUACAAUUAGUGAAUGAGUUAAUUUAUUGUGGAAAAUCUGCAACACCUAAGAGAAAAGGUAGACUUCUAAAUAAUGCGUCACCUAAAAGUGGACAAAAUUUAUCGAGAAGUUCAGACUCAGAAGUGACGCGUCAAAAACUGAACAGAACUGACAGCGCCAUACCCUCCGAUGCCAUACGAUAUGAUACGAUAGACCAUAUUCCAGCUGUUGACCGUCUGAAAAAUCCAACAAAGUGCAAAAACCCCGAAUGCUCCAUAAAACAUAGAACUCAUACAUUCUGCGAAAAAUGUGAUGUACAUUUAUGUUUGUCGUCAGACAGAAAUUGUUUCAAAGAGUUUCAUACAAAAAAAUAA